AUGAGUGGGGUAGAUGUGAGGCCGAUUGAUGUGAGGCCGAUUAAGUUGUCCUAUGAUUUGAAAGUUAAAAAGCCUCCAGGAAAUCAAAGUUUGAUUGCUAAUUUGAUGUAUAGAAAUUGUGAGGUAUGGGUUGGAGAUCAAAAGUUGUUGGCUGACUUGAUAGGCCUAUCUAUUAAGGGGUAUGAUGUUAUCCUAGGAAUUCGAGUUAGGAGGUUGUUAAGUAAGGGAGUUCAAGGAUAUUUAGCUUUUCUUAUAAACACUCUUGGGGAUAAGGUGAGGUUGGAAGAUAUGCUAGUGGUAAAGGAAUACCCAGACAUUUUUUUCGAGGAACUAGAAUCAUUGCCGCCUGAAAGAGAGAUAGCAUUUAAAAUUGAUGUGGUUCCAGGGGUAGCACCUAUCUCUAAGACACCUUAUAGAAUAGCUCCAACUGAAUUGAAAGAGUUAAAGUUGCAAUUGCAGGAUUUACUAGAGCGAGAUUUUAUUAGAGAAAAUUAUUCUCCGUGA